UUAAAAAUAGAUACUAUAUUUAAAACUACAACUAGUAAUUUAAAGCACAAACAAAAUCAAACCCGUUCUUUAGUUGAAUGGAUUAUUAAUAGUGCACAACCAUUAUAUAUUUUAGAAUCACAAAAAUUUAAAGCAUUUAUUGCCACUUUAGAUCCUUAUUAUGAAUUACCUACCCGUAAAGCUGUUAAAUCAAUGAUACAUAAUGCUUAUAAUUUUUCUUUUAAUGUUUUAAAACAAAAAUUAAAAGAUACUGCAACUUCAUGUUCACUUAUAUGUAAUCUUUGGACUAGUAGAAAUCGUGAAUCAUAUCUUGGUAUUACCUGUUAUUGGAUCGAUCAGGAUUUUAAGCUAAACGAGGUUUUACUUGCUAUUAUACUUUGCUCUUAUCCUCAUACAGCAGAAAAUAUUUAUAAUACCUUAUUUGUGACUAUGGAUUAUUGGGAUAUAUUGCAUAAA